AACACGCUCUCUAGCCUUUCGCUGCCAAGGAUCUUCCCCGAAAACCAGGCUAUUAGCCCGCCGCCUGGUGAAAUCCGUCUGAAACUUCCGAAUAUUAGGCGAGGAGAUCGCGCCAAAGUGCUACUCGAUGAUUCACUGAAUCUUCUGAAAAGUGCCAUUACUUCAUUGACUCAAUACCAAGAAAUCGCGGUUGUUGUUGAAAUGUUGCGGCGGCUGCAUACUCCUCCAAAGUGAUCCCCGUCUUCGUCCAAACCAGUCCUCCUCAACGAUAGGAAAUGUCCGCGUCCAAGCACGUUAUCAACAGUGAUGACGGCUACAGUGCCGCUCAGCUCAUCGGCAUGGGAGACGGCCUGACCUACAAUGAUUUCUUAAUUCUACCUGGUUACAUUCACAUGUCGGCUGAUGAUGUUCAGCUAUCGUCGAAGUUGACUAAGAAGAUCAAGCUCAAUGCUCCUCUCGUCUCCUCACCGAUGGACACCGUCACCGAGGCCAACAUGGCAAUCGCAAUGGCACUUCAAGGGGGCAUUGGCAUCAUCCAUCACAACUGUACACCGGAAUUCCAAGCCGAUGAAGUUGAGAAAGUGAAAAAAUACAAGCAUGGAUUCAUCCAUGAUCCCAAGUGUCUCGGACCUGAAAACUGCGUGACCGACGUCCUCGAAAUCAAGGCCAAGUACGGAUUCGCUGGUGUACCAAUCACCGACACCGGCCGAGUUGGAGGGAAGCUUUUGGGCAUGGUCACCUCAAGAGACAUUGAUUUCCUGCCCAACGGUGAGCUCAACGCGAAGUUGAGAGAAGUCAUGACACCCUUGGACGAUUUAAUCACUGCGCCAAACACUAUCACCUUGCAAAAUGCGAAUGAGAUCCUUCGAAAAAGCAAGAAAGGAAAAUUGCCUAUCGUAAACCAGAGGGGCGAACUCGUUUCAUUGAUGGCCAGGACUGAUUUGAAGAAGAACCGUGACUUCCCUCUGGCCUCCAAAGACGAUAACAAGCAGCUGCUGGUAGGCGCUGCAAUCUCCACUCGGGAAGAGGAUAAGCAUCGUCUGAAAUUGUUGGUCGCGGCCGGAGUCGAUGUCAUUGUGUUGGACUCGUCUCAGGGCAAUUCCAUCUACCAAGUCGAAAUGAUCAAAUUCAUCAAGAGCAACUACCCCAAAGUCGAGGUCAUCGCUGGGAACGUUGUGACGUCCGAACAAGCCAAAAACCUCAUCUCGGCAGGCUGUGACGGACUCAGAGUCGGAAUGGGAUCGGGCUCGAUUUGCAUUACCCAGGAAGUGAUGGCGUGCGGGAGGCCUCAGGCGACUGCUGUCUACAGAGUUUCUGAGUACGCUCGGCGCUUCGACGUACCGUGCAUCGCUGAUGGCGGGAUCAGUUCCGUGGGACAUAUCAUUAAAGCCAUCUCAAUGGGCGCCUCCUGCGUCAUGAUGGGUUCGAUGCUGGCCGGAACCACCGAAUCUCCGGGAGAAUAUUUCUACUCUGACGGUGUUCGACUCAAGAAAUACCGUGGAAUGGGAUCUCUCGAUGCCAUGGAUAGUGGAAAAGGCUCACUGUCGAGGUAUCACCAAAGUCAAAAGGAUAAGAUUAAGGUUGCUCAAGGAGUAACAGGCACCAUCGUUGAUAAAGGCUCCAUCCACACAUAUGUACCUUAUCUCACCAGUGGUCUCAAGCUGGGCUGCCAGGAUAUCGGAGUCGGUUCCGUGAUGGCUCUCCGAGAGCAAAUGUUCUCGGGAAACGUCAAAUUCGAGAAGCGAACUGUCUCUGCUCAGCAAGAAGGUGGCGUCCAUGGGCUCUUCUCCUAUGAGAAGAAGCUGUUCUAGGAUGCAUCAAUUAUGAGAUGGAUUCGAGACGCCCGGUUCAUAUAUAAGAUUUACGAUCAGCUGACGAGUCACAGGUUCCAUGUACAAACCAGUCAUUUUUUAAUU